GUUUAAAUUUAUUAUCCAAAACAAAAUGUCCAAUACGUUUAAAACAAUAUUUCUUUUAAUGUCUGGACUCACUUUAUUUUAUACAUUCUUGCCAACCGUUUUUAUAUUAGACAAUAAAAUUGUUAGAGUCAAUAUAACUGGGGAACCUUCGAUAUCAGAAAGCUCUAUUGAGGUACUUAAAAAAAAUACAUAUUGGAAUUUGGAAAAAAUGUUGUGCCUUGAAGAUCCAGCAAUUGAUAGUACUAUUACUAGGUUUAAACUGUCUGAGAUGACUACGUGUCCUAAAAGUGGGAUUGUUUCUAUCUACAUUAUGGGAAGGACUGGCAAUCAAAUGUGGGAAUACGCCUCAGUUUGGGCAGUCGCCCGACGUACCGGACUCGAGCCCUACAUACCAAGAUGUAUCAAAUUGAAACUGGACCAAAUUUUCGAACAAUUGUCAGUGCCGGCCUUUGAAGAGAUAGCGCAUUGUCCUGUCGAAUUUAAUACGUUUGUAAAGUCUAUUGAAGAAUGGAAUUUUACCAAUCAGAGCAUUAUUCUACCAAGAUACACUCUCAAACCUAAGCUGGUUCUAACGUGGGUCCAAGAUAUAAUUCAAGAGUUCAGAUUCAGGAAGAAACUUAGAGAAAAGUCUCAGCAAAUACUAACGAGUCUUCUUAGAAAAUUGCCACCGAGAGAUUAUACUUUUGUUGGUGUUCAUGUACGAAGGACUGAUUAUGUAGGAUACUUAAAAAGAAAAUAUGAUGAAUCACCAGUAACUAAGCAAUUCUUCAUCAACGCAAUGGCCUACUACAAGAACAAAUACCGCGAUUGCCUUUUCGUAUUUCUCAGCGACGACCCCAAUUGGUGCUAUCAGCAUUUCGGCAGAAAGCCGGACGUCUACGUGGCAUCGUACAAAACGAAAAAUACCCCGGCCUUAGAUCUGGCCCUUAUGGCGGCCUGCAAUCAUAGCAUUUUCGAUUACGGCACGUUCGGCGAGUGGGGCUCUAUUCUAGCUGGAGGAGAGACUGUUUAUAGCAAUAUGACGCAAAAUAUUAAAAAAGGUACUGGCAGGAUUAUGAAAAACUGGAUGGCGAUGGACUGACCCUUAGGUGAAUGAAUUAUACAGGAGAGUUUAUGACUGCAAUGCAAAAGGGUAACUGCUUCAGGAAACAUUUUCUUUCAAAGAUUGUGAUUGUUUCCGCUUGUAGUUUGUUAGAUACUAAGGGUAGCUAAGGUUUAAAAAUUCUAUCGUAACUAUUUUCUUACUGCAUAUUUGGAUGUGGGAGAAAAAUACUCUAUUUUAUGAUUCAUGUGAAAAAUAUUGAACUUGGAAAUUUGUUUGUCAUAUUAGAUUUGUAUAAAAAACUACCUAUUCCUGCAUCUAACAGACUGCAUCUUUCUAACAAAUUUGAAGGAAAUCUAUAGGUACCUAGUACCUACCAAAGAUAAAAUGCCAAAUCAAGUAGGUAUUAUGUCAUUGUAUUUUCUUUUAAUACCUACAUAAAAAUAACUGAUUUACUUAUAAAAUAAAGUUCUGAAAACAUUUAAAACUUCAGCAAAGUGUGAAAAGGAUUUUUGCAAUAAAGUACUAGGAUAAAAUCGAAUAUUACUGUUACAAGACUUGUAUAUUUUUAUCAGUAGAAUAUUUUCCCACUAAACUUAUUUGUAUACCUACCUAUUAUACAGGGUUGUAAAAAAAUCUAUAUAUUUUUGUUAUUUUAGUUUUAGUUGAAAGGAAACUAUUUACAUGGAUACGUUAUCGGUUUUGUUGUAUUAAAGAAUUUAUUUAUUUACAACAAAAAAAAAAAAGAAAUAUAUUUUUAAUUAUUCUAUCCAAGGCUGAAAAAUCUAUCUCACAAUUCGUAGCAGCGUUUAUUUAUUUUCUAAUAUAAUAUGAGUAGUUUUCUGGAUUGGAAUUCAUGUUUUAACAAUGUAAUUAAACUUUGCACUGAUAUUUAGAAAAAUGUGUAUAUAGAAUUGAAAAUAAUGUUUUCAUGAUCAAUUAAAAUCACUUUGCAGUAUCUCAAUGUAUUACCUAUUUUUUCUGAUAAAUUAAUAUGUACAAAAUAAGUACGUACUUAUAUAAUUAUUCAUAUUCAUGUUCAAUAGAUUAGAAUAGAAAAUCUUCCAAAUGUCUUUUUUCCUUUCGAAACUGAGUGCCAAAAAAACUAUAAUUUUCAAAAAUUAGCCACAAUUCUUUGUGUGCCAAAACAUUUUUCAAUCUGUGAUCUUGAAAAUUCUUUUUGAACAGCCUUUAAUAAAAAUUUAUUAUAAAUUAUAUCCUAUAAGAAUUAUAUCCAUUUCAUAACAUAAAUACAUAUUUUUAUUUAUUGUUUCUCAAAAAUCAUUAUGCCAUAAAAGCUAAAAAGGUUCUAAAUAUUUUAUGUAUGCAUCUUUUUUCACAUGCCUGCUAUAAUACUGUUGAAAUUAUGUAUCCACUACAUUCAAAACCUGUAAAUAAUAUUAAUAUCUCUGUGAUAAAUUUACUAUAUACAAUCAUGGUAGAGGAAAUACACAAAUUACCAAUGAAAAUUAUAAAUAUGAAAUAUUCAAUAUCGACAAUAUUGAAUGUUUUUUUUUUUUUUUUUCUUAUUUGCAGGCAAAUAUAAACCAAUUUCUAUGUGAGAACUAUUUAAGAAAAACAAAAAUGUAGCAUUGUGUAGGUAUAAUAAAUGUAUUUAAGUAA